AAAGAUCACAUCAUCUCUUUGCUCUCAAUCUCCAUGGAUACAUCAGCGUCUAGAGUCGAAGCAGUUACCAAAGGCGGCUCACCUGUAGUCCCUUCCCAGUACAUCCAACCACCGGAAGCUCGCCCCAAUCUCCACAACGCCGGCGACGCUGCUCCGAUCCCAACCAUCGACCUCUCAAUCUCCGAUUCCACAAAAGAAUCCAUCGGCGAAGCUUGCCGCAACUGGGGAGCCUUCCACGUGGUCAACCACGGCGUCCCCGUCCAUCUCCUCGACCGCAUGAAAGCUCUAGGCCUCUCCUUCUUCCAAGACUGUCCGAUCGAAGACAAGCUCAAAUACGCCUGCGACUCGACCUCCGCCGCCUCCGAAGGUUACGGAAGCCGCAUGCUCUUAGGAGCCGAAGGCGACGUCGUUUUGGACUGGAGAGACUACUUCGAUCACCACACGUUCCCUCUCUCCCGCCGCAACCCUUCUCGUUGGCCGUUACAACCUUCUGACUACAGACAAGUGGUGGAAGAGUAUGGUAAUGAGAUGAAGAAACUAGCUCAGAAGCUGUUGGGGAUCAUCUCAGAGAGCUUGAGCCUUCCACCCUCAUCUAUAGAGGAAGCUGUCGGAGAAAUCUAUCAGAAUAUUACUAUGAGUUAUUACCCUCCUUGUCCUCAGCCUGAGCUCACGCUUGGCCUCCAGUCGCAUUCGGACAUGGGUGCCAUCACUCUCUUGAUUCAAGAUGAUGUUGGUGGUCUUCAGCUUUACAAGGAUGAUCACUGGCUCACUGUUCCUCCCAUCUCUCACGCCAUUCUCGUUCUUAUAGCCGAUCAAACCGAGAUCAUAACCAAUGGCGUAUACAAAAGUGCUCAACAUCGGGCAGUGACUAAUGCGAACAGGGCGAGGCUAUCGGUUGCAACGUUUCAUGAUCCUUCCAAGACGGCGAGGAUAGCACCAGCUUCUCACCUUAUUGGGCAAGACACCAAACCGGCUUACAAGGAAGUUUUGUAUGGGCAGUAUGUUUCUUCUUGGUACUCCAAGGGUCCUGAGGGCAAACGAAACCUUGACGCUCUCCUCUGCUGAAUCUUGUAUCUUCAAACUUUAUUCAAUAGCUAUCUUUCUGUUCUGUCUCAACUUGCGUUACCCGCAGUUUUUUCAAGUUUUAUGCUAAGUGUUGCAUCUGUAGACAACCUAAGACUCUUAGCAGUGUU